AUGACCGCCAUAUUUUGUGUUUCAACUGGUUCCUUCCUCGAUACGCUUGUUUUUAAAAUAUCUGGCGUAAACAUGCAGAGUUCAACUACAACCGAUCGAACACAAGGUUUGUCUACAGAAACUAAGAUGAUUCUUAUGCAACAGCAGUUAGCACUGCUUUUGCAUGCUGAUCAUUGUGAACGCCUUGAAAGAAGAGGAUUAGUAACAAACUGUGUAGAUAGGAAUUGUAGUGAAAUUCGAAGCUUGUUACCCCAUUUACAGAGUUGUAGUCGAGAAAGAGAGUGCAAUGUCCCACAUUGUAUCUCAUCGAAAUACAUAAUGAGACAUUACCGUUCAUGUAGGGAUAUGGAAUGCAAAGUUUGUUCAGCAAUCAGAAAACCUCCUGGGAAUUCUACAUCAUCAUCGUCAUCAUCAUCGUCAUCAUCAUCAGUGUCAUCCAACAUUAGUUGUUCUCAAAAUGGUCUCAGCUCGAACCAAAAAUAUGAUUUGCCAUCGUUGAAUGGCAUGAAAGCGUCUGACUCACCACUUCCAUCUCAAAAGAAUUCGCAUGUAGCUGGUUCCUGUGAAUCACAGUCUGUUCCUAUGGUAAAUGGUGAGGCUAGUCGGGUACCUUUAAAUGAAAGUCGCAUAACAGAUCAACAAAGAGAGUUAGCGAUGAAGAAGUUUGUGAAUGAUAUAUCCUUAUCAAUUUUUCCAACCGCAAAUCCUACGGCGUAUAGUGAUCCCAGAAUGAAACAAUUUCUAGACUAUGUUAAGCGAAUGGAAAAAGAAGUUUUUAUGAAAUCUAAAACAACUGAAGAAUACUUCAAAACGAUGGCUCUCCGCUACCACAACAUACAUUCAGAAUUAAAAGAAAAGCGUCGUUUACGAGAAGCCUGUCCUCCCCUACAGAAUGGCGAGGCAUCUAAUACUGCACAAUCAUCAGAUUCGACAAAUUCCACAGCAUCAGAAAAUGGUUGUUCAUCAAAGGUAAACUCUUGUGAUCAGGACCAGUUCUCAGAUGCUCUAGAAAUUGUGUCCAAGCGUGAAGAAGAGAUUCAACAAGGAGUCAAAACAGAAAUUUCUGCGGAAAACUCAUCGAAUUCUUCUGGUUUUGUAGAGGCUUCAGAAGAUAGAGAUAAUAAGCAGAACUCAAACUCACCAGAAGUAAAAUACAACCCUGUUGCUUCUACAGAGACUGUUGAAGGGGAUACUAAAGCAACAACUGAUGAAAAAAGUGAACCAGAUUCAAAGACACCUGAACCCAGUAAUACUGAUGAGAAGAAAGUAGAUCCUCAGGCUCCUCGAGAACCUGUCAGGAAAAGAAUAUGGUAUUCAAAUGAAUUACUGCAGUAUUUUCUACCAGUUGUAACAAAAAUUAGUAAAGAAAAGGAUGCUGAACCGUUUUUAACUCCAGUGGAUUGGAAAUUCCUAGAAAUAUAUGAUUAUCCUCAAAUAGUUUCAGACCCUAUGGAUUUAUCGACUAUUAGAAAGAAAUUAGAAGAUCGUGAAUAUAAAGAUCCCUGGGAGAUAGUUGAUGACUUUUGGUUAAUGCUGAACAAUGCAUGGCUUUAUAAUAAAAAGACCUCAAAGGUGUAUAAAACGUGUACAAGGUUGGCGGAAACUUUCGAGAGUAUUAUCGAUCCUGUGAUGCAAUCGUUAGGCUUUUGCUGUGGUCGAGAACACUAUUAUCAACCGCCUACACUGACCUGUUUAACCCCGAAAUUUUGUACAAUAUAUCGUGAUGCGGUGUAUUAUGUGUACAAAAGCGAUGGUCAAACCCCGGGACUUUUGGAACAAAAUUAUACAGUCUGUGAAAGAUGUUACAACGAAGCAAUGGAUCAGAUAGCGUUGGAUAGUGAUUCCAGUAGUCCAGUGAAUGUCCAGAAAAGAUUGAUGGAAAAAUGCAAAAAUGAUGUCAAAGAAAAAGAACCAUUUGUAUUUUGCAAACAUUGUGGCAGAAAAUGGCAUAAAGUUUGUGCUAUCUACCUUGAAGAAAUUUGGCCUGAUGGAUUUAUCUGUAAUCAUUGUAUUGUCAAUUAUGGAUUAAAACGUGCAGAAAAUCGUUUUACAGCGAAAAAACUUGCCACAUGUAAAUUAAGCAACUUUUUAGAAAAACGUGUCAAUGAUUUUUUGAAGAAAAAAGAAGCGAAUGCUGGUGAUGUGAUUAUACGGGUUUUAGCUGCAGCCGACAAAACUGUUGAAGUCAAGUCUGGCAUGAAAACUCGAUUCUGUGAUAAUGGUGAAAUGCCUGAGUCUUUCCCGUAUAGAGUAAAGGCUAUUUUUGCAUUUCAAGAAAUUGAUGGUCAAGAAGUCUGUUUUUUUGGUCUACAUGUACAAGAGUAUGGCUCAGAAUGCCCUUUACCUAAUACUAGACGAGUUUAUGUUGCGUAUCUUGAUUCUGUGUACUUUUUUCGGCCUAAACAAUAUCGUACAGAGAUAUAUCAUGAAUUGCUGGUGGGUUAUAUUCAUUAUGCAAAGUUGCUUGGUUUCACAAUGGCGCAUAUAUGGGCUUGUCCGCCUAGUGAAGGGGAUGAUUACAUUUUCUAUAUGCAUCCGCCAGACCAAAAGAUUCCAAAACCUAAACGAUUACAAGAAUGGUAUCAAAAAAUGCUGAAGAAGGCAUUGUUUGAACGUAUUGUAGUCGACUACAAAGAUAUCUGUCAAGAUGCUAGUGAAUCGCAUUUAAUCUCUCCUGCUGAAUUGGCCUACUUUGAAGGAGAUUUUUGGCCAAAUACACUGGAAGAGAUAUUUAAGGAAAUGGAUGAGGAAAAUGCCAAAAGAAAACAAGAACAAGAAGCACUGGCUCGUGGCGGAGGCGGUGGCGAUGAUGACGAUGAAGCCAAGGAGAAUGUACAAACUAAAGAAAAUGAUGAAAAUCCAGGCAAGAAAAAAGCAAAAAGACGUAAACUUAAGCGUAGUGCAUCUAUUACAAUCACGGGUAAACGAAAACGUCUAGGUGGUAUCGGUUCGGGGGAUGUUGCCAAUGAAGUUGCCCGUCGCGUCUAUGAAAUAAUGGAAAAACACAAAGAGAACUUUUUUGUUAUCCGAUUACAUCCUCAAAAUUCUGUUGCAUCUCUUCCACCGAUUAAAGAUCCUGAUCCCCUGAUUAAUUCAGAGUUAAUGGAAUGUCGUGGUGCAUUUUUAGAGAAAGCCAGAGAAAAACACUUGGAGUUUUCGUCAUUACGUCGGGCUAAGUAUUCCACUCUAGUGAUGUUAUACGAGUUGCAUAAUGAAAAUCGUCAACCUCUUAUGUACACGUGUAAUGUAUGUAGUGCCCAGCUGGAAACGCCUUGGCAUUGUAAACAAUGCAUUGAGUAUGAUUUAUGUCCACGUUGCUAUGAAACAGAGAAUCAUCCUCAUCCUAUGGUUAAAAUAGGCAUUGGACUGGAUGAUUGCAACAAAGGGCAAGAAUUGAAUAAUGAUGCAGCUAUCCAAGAGUCUGGAAGAGAUAAAUUAAGUCGUUGGGUAAAGGCUUUAGGUCAUAGUUGCUAUUGUCGUGAUGCUAACUGUCGUGUAUAUGCUUGUAAAACAAUGAAAUAUCAAAUUCAGCAUUUCCGUGUCCAUUCAACAGAUCGGAAUCAGUGUUCUGUGUGUCGAUUCAUCUACUACUUAUGCUGUUAUCAUUCUAAAACUUGUCAUGAAUUAAAGUGUCUAGUACCUUUCUGUCCUAAACUGAAGGCCAAAAUGAAGCAACAACAAAAACAACAACGUCUUAAACAGACACAAAUGCUUCGUAGACGAAUGGCUACUAUGCAGCGGUGUAACAGUAUGACUCCUAACCAUCAACCUACUCCUCCUCCGCCAUCUCAGUCUUAUCAGCAGUGCUCUCAAUCCUCAACAUCUGACUGUAUAUCUUCUCCUAUGUCUAUACCGAUGCAAUCAUCUCCAUUUGCAUCUGCCACUAAGUCAGUCGUCGAUUCAAUCUCCUCAACAAAGUCAAAUUUUCCAUCCCCGAGCUCAUCUUUUCAAAAUACUCAACAGUCUGUUCAUCCUUCAAAGGGAAUUGUACCUAGCCCAUCUGUUCCCAGAUCACCGUCUAUUGCUUCCACAUCAGCCUCCCCUUGUGUCCAAAAUCUCCCUCAAUCUACAGGUGUUCACAAUCCAUCUGUAUUGCCUUCAGAAACAGAUCAGUUAAUGAAUGCCAAUGUGGAUGUCAGUAGAACGAGUUUUAACUAUCAAUCUCAAAAUAGGCUUCCUUUGUCUACACCUCAACACCUAGCUUCAUUCAGUAGUCAACAGCAACGACAACAGGUACCAGAACGUCCUCAGCUGAGUAUGCCAAAUAGCAUGGUACCUAAUUAUGUUGUUUCUCAGCACAAUUUCCAAUCACAUCCAUCCUCUUCCGGACAUUCAGUUAUAAACAGACCAUCGCUUCCACCUAAUUCAACAUUUAUGGAUACCUCAUCUCCUAAACCGUUUGUACAUCAGUCAUGUGUAACCUCUAUGGAUAUUGAUUCACCAUACUCCCAACAAAUGAUGCCAGGUCAACGGUUUCUGGGAGAAGCUGAACAUAAUAGUUGCACUUUCAACAAGCAGCAACAACAACAAGUCCCUAUACGCCAUCCUUCACAAACAUAUCCUCAGGUUAUUGAUGGACAAAAUCCUGGUACUCUUUUACCUCCUAACCAGCCUUCUUCAUCAGCAACUAAUCCCACUGCAAACUGGAGGCAGCCAGGGUCUGCACUAUCCAGUAAUAUUAUAUAUCCGCAAGGCUCAUCUGUAUGUUCCAGUCAACAGAACACGUCAGUCGUUCGGUCCACACCUGCACCAUCAUCCUUACUUCCUCAAUCCAUGGGGUCAGUAACUCCACCGAAUGCUGGUGUUAUUGUCCCAUGUGGAGUAUCACCAGAGGAUUUACGUAUUGUUCAACAGGCGUACACCACAAUGAGACAACGCGGCGCUCCAGCAUCUGAGUUUUCAAAUUGGUUAAAUUCGAAUCCGCAAUAUCUGAGAGCAUGGCAGUAUUUGCAGCAAUCUCAUAUGAACAGCAUGAAUAACCAACAACAACAACAGAUACAACAGCAACAACAACACCAACAGCAACAACAAAUGCAGCACAUUCAGCUCCAACAACAACAGCAACAACAACCUCAAAUGUCUGGAUGUGUUGUAUCUAACACGACAAAUCCUUAUUCAUGUCCAAUGGGAGUCCAACAACAACAACAACCACAACAACAGCAGCAACAACAUAAUACAUAUUCCACAUGUCAGAUAUCACAGAAUCUUCAGUCUGUUCCUGGUCCACGUCUUUUACCACCUCAAGCUAGAUAUUCUUAUCCACAAAUUCAGCAACAACAACAACCUCAACCACCACUACCACAACAACAGCAACAGACGAUUAUAGCCAAUUCCCAACCACAAUCUUGGUCUUCUUCUAUGCAUGUACAGCAACAACAAAUGCAACAACAACAACAACCUCGUUUUCGUCAAGUUAUAACAGCGCCAAAUUUCAAUCAACAACAACAACCGCCUAAUAAUCAUCAACAAUUUUCUAUGCCUUGUCAUCAACAACAACAACAAGUCAAUAGACUUCCGUGUACAAGUUUAUCACCAACACAGCCAACAUCGAAUUCACCUCAACGGUAUAUUAUGAGUCAAACAAAUCUGCCUCAACCAUUGUUAACCAAUCAGAUUCCUUCUGCUUCAUCUCCUGUAUCGAACAACAUAUCUCGAUGUCCUCCGCCUCAGCCGCCUCCUAAUGCUAUGAUAUCACCACAGAUGAUGGCCCCUCUCCCUCGUUGUACAAAUAAUCCACCUACAAUGCCUUCUUCUGUUGCUGCUUCCUCUACAAUGGGAUUUGUAAAUCCUACCACUGGUGGUUGUGGUGUUGGUGGUGGUGGAGGUGGUAUGGGUGGCCCUGUUCGUUCAGUAGUUCAGCCUUCUCCGCAUUACUCAUCUGUCAUGUUAUCACAGUUGUUAGGUCCGGGUCAAACUUCAAAUCUUACUAACAACAACAGCAGCAACAAUCUAUCUUCUUCUUCUAUGCCAGAAUAUUCGAAUUUACUGCCAAAUAAACAGCAUCUUGUACGUCAGGAAUUCAUUCCUUCAACAGUUUUUCAACAGAAAUUGAAUUAAAUUAGGGUUAAAUAAUAAUAAUAAUAUAUUGCUUUAUAUACAUAUACAUAUUAUCGAUCGGCUUACUUCUGGAACUCUCUGUGUGUAUGCGAAUGCGUACGUCUUGGAGUUCCCGAUUGAUAUUCUCUUUCUCCUCUAUCCAUCAGAUGUGUGUGUACAUAAUAUACAUAUGAAUUUGAUUAAUAAUGAAUUAUCUUUGAGUUUUCAUCAUUACACAUAUACAUAUAAUUAAUACUUGUUAUUUUCAUUUUAUUUUAUAUUUUCGGUUUUUCAAAAGCCAACAACAACAACAUGUAAAUAGAGUACUUUGAACCGAAUUGGCAUUUUCUCUCUCUCCCACUCUCUCCUCUACUCUCUCUCUGUCUCUGUCUUCGUUCUUCUUGAAGUUCAUUCUGUACUAAUUUCCCACUUCAGGUUUCUAUUACCACUACUACUACGACUACGAUUACAACUACUCACGUUGUAGUGGCGAAAUCAUGUGAUUUUUUCUCUUUGUAUUAUAUACUACUUGUACAGACGACAGCAUAUAUACACAUAUACAUAUACACGUGUGGUGGUUACCACAAUUUUUUAUUUUUAAUUUGAGCUAGAUUAUAAUAAAUAAUACACUCACAUUCACACACACACACUAUCUCUAGCCUUCCUUAUUAUAUUGUUAUUAUUAUUAAUAUUAUUAUUGUAUAACUAAUACUGAUGUAAUUUUGUUUUCUUCUUUAAUAACAAGGAUUUUUUUCUCUCUCUCUCACUUUUUAAAGCGUAAAUGAAUAAUAUUUAAUUUAAAAUUGGGGGCUUUUUAUCCUGUAGAGUUCUCAAUACUCUAUAGUAUAGUCGUUUGAUGAUAGUGGGUUUUUGUUUUGUGUACUGCUCUGUUUGUACUUUCAUCGAUGUGUAUCUAUAUCAAUGUAGAUUGAGUCGUGUGUGACAACGGACACAUUAGUCAUCAUCGGUAUUGUUUCGUCUUAGAUUGGGAAGCUUCAGCGGUGCCCUCCCCCGUCAACAGGA